AUGGCGAGACAGGUCCAACGCCUUGCCGUGACGCCGCCGUCCGAGGAUUCUGACAACGUCAACUCAAGUUCGCGUUACACAAAUCGUUUGUCGUCGUCUUCAAGUCACCAGUCUGCCGCAGACGCCCCGCCCCGCGCCCACCGCGCUUGCGAAAAAUGCACUCGAACCAAGAAGAAGUGCGACAAAGGUCUGCCCGCUUGCUCGAGAUGCACCAGACUCACCACCAACUGCUGCUACGACUUCGUCGUCAACCCACCAUCCCUGACCAUUGUUGAUUCGCAGGGCGUCGCUGGCAAUGCGUCUUCUUCUUCCAACGGCGACGCGCGGCCUGCCUUCGACUGGCUCAACCAGGUCGAUUUCACUGCUGGUCAGAUAAUGCAGCUUUUGAACGGUAACGGCAUCGACUGGAAAGCUUCCAUCAACACCUAUUUCAACACCGUCAACACCUGGCUCCUCGUGAUUCAUCCGGAGGUCUGGCAAACACGUUGUGCCGCGGCUCAGCUUGACAGCAACCCCAAGGAUUCUGAUUUGGCGUUGGUUGUAUUGUGCAUCCAUCUCUUAACUAUUUGGAACUGCGACGAAUUCUCGUCCACCGCCAUGCUUCAUCAUCCGCUCUACCAGUCAGCCAAGCGUAUAUGGACAUUGAGGAAAGCCUUUUCGAAACCUAAAAUCGAGCACGUUCAGUGUGGUGUUCUGUUAUCGUUGUACGAGUUGGGGCACGGCGACAUCACUCGUUGCUAUCGUACGUUCGGCGAGGCGGCCUCCAUUGGCAAGGUGUUGAAUCUGAGACCGGGUAAAUAUGUGGAAGAAGAGGAGGACCUGGCUGCUGAGCCCGAAGAGGAGCAAAAUCGAGCUCUGUGGUGGGUUCUUGUGAUUAUGGACAAGAUCUCCCAUGAGCAAUCCGCAACACUUUGGACACCGCUCCAGAUGGACAUGCCCUCCGAUGACGACCUUCUCCCAACGGAGCACAUCCUUUGGGACAAUGACAGAAACGGGCCUGUUAAGAUGAUCAAGCGGUACCCUACCACAAUCCCAGCAUCGGUGCGCGUCGGCGCCUUUCAGAGGUCUUGCCAGGCCGCCAUUCUUCUCGGUUACGCCGUUAAUUGGGAGGCGGCAAAUGCUGAGAUCGAAGAACCUCCGACUGUCUACUCGUUUGUUCAGCUUGAGUCCGCCACGAGAGAUCUGAUUGAGGCUCUUAUCACGCGAUCCGAGACUUGGAGUGAGAACCUCAACACUUAUGCUCUUUGUGCUAGCUUGUUCUGCCUCCUUUUCUACUCUUUCCUGUAUACUGCCAAUAGACCAGGGAUGCCUGCCCGUGAUCCAGAGACAGAUAUGGAAAUGAAGAAAGCAGUUGCCGGUAUCAAAUUCACGAUUGGUCUCGUGCUUGAUGGCUCAAAUGGCAUCUUCAACGCCUAUUCCAACCGCGAUGACGUCCUGGAACACUGCGCUGCGGUUUGGCCAUACGCUCUCUUUCAUACGAUGCAACUUCUGUUUCACUACGACUCUCUCAUAGAAGGCGCAGACUCCCUCAUGGCGGAAGUUAGACAGAACGUUGAGAGCACAGCUAAAAGAUGGGCCUGUUCUCGAUGGCUUUUGGAAGAGUUUGACCGGGUCCACGAAGCGAGGAGCACCGGCGUCAAAAUGUGCAAAAAAUGUACCCUCGGAAAUAUGACUUGCGGACAUUAUUCGGCUCCCGAAUGA